GUGAGGUGAGGCUGGUGGUGGGGGCGGACGAGUGGGAGCCGCACAUGAAGGUGACGCAGAGGGUGCCGGGCGGACCACCACACUUCCAGGGCCCCAUGAUGGACGUGCUGCUCGCCCUCGCCCGUACCAUGAACUUCACGUUCGUGUUGGAGAGGCCCCCUGAUGGCUCCUGGGGUACACCGCUCCCCAAUGGCACCGUCACUGGGCUGGUGGGGAUGGUACACAGGCAGGUACGUGUGUCACUGCAGCCUGUUAUUGUCACAGGCUGCGCAGACGAUCAUUCGGGUUCCUGUGGAUCCGUGGGGCUUCAUGCUGCUGCCUUCGCACCCUCCGUCUGGGCGGCAACCCUGGGCAGCAUGGGCAUUGGGAUUCUGGCCGCCAUUGUGCUACUGACGGCGCCGCAGAAGAGUCAUCGGGGAGUUCUUGAGACGCUUCGCUCCUUGUGGCUGACUGUCGUGCCCUUCUUGUUCCUGUAUUGGGGCGUCCUCUUCCAGCAAGGCUUAGAGGCGAGACACAGGAACAGGGCGCGACGUUGGGCAGGGCGUGUGUUGGUGGUCGGGUGGACAGUGACGGCUAUGGUGCUGGCGUGGUCCUACAUGGGCGGCCUCACCUCCCUGAUAGCAGUGAGACACGUUCCACAGCCCUUCCAGACCCUCGCCGCGCUAGGAGACCACCCUUCUGCCCUGCUCAUGGUGGCUAAAAACUCCGCUGAGUCUCACCUUCUGCAGACCGGCGGGCCCGUGGUGUUGCGUGGGCUGGAGAAGGUGCGGGAGGGGAAGAGGCUGCGGAUGGUGAGCCGAGGGUACCACAACGUGUACCUGCCCAUGGCCAACGGGGAGCCCUGGGUGGUGGUGGUGGAGGCGUACGAGGCGGCGGCGGUGGCGGAGCAUCAUUUUGCGUUGACAGGGCGCUGUGACUUCUACACGUCGCGAGAGAUCAUUGUGUCCUACCCUCACUCCAUUAUCCUGCAGAAGAACAGCCCUCUCCUGCGCGCCGUCAAUGCUGCUCUUCCUAACUCCUCCAUUUGCCGCCACUCGCCCUCCACCAUCAUCGUGCAGGACAUCCUCAGCCUCACCAACCUCUGGUGUGUGAGUGAAGUGUGGAGGCUUUCCCAGCACAGCGGGUUUCUGCCUCUUAUGUGGCGCUGGUUCCAGGGCGUGUUUUCCGUGCUGGCUGGCGGCCUCGGCGCGGCCCUCCUCGUCUUCGUCUGUGAACUGCUGCUGGCCGGUUCAGCUUGCAAGGAGGCUGUGCAGUGA